ACUUCGAAAACCAAGGCUGAAAUUUUACGAGAAAUGGAGCUCUCUGUGAUUGCUAGAAACAUGGAAGAAGUUGUCUUGUUGGUCGAUGAUUUGAAAUCGCUUUCUGGGAUUUCUCGCUGUAGAAUAUGUCAUGAAGAAGAAUUUGAGAGCACCAAAACCUUGGAAGCUCCUUGUGCUUGUUCGGGGACAGUUAAGUUUGCUCACAGAGACUGCAUUCAGACGUGGUGCAACGAGAAAGGAAACACAACUUGUGAAAUAUGUCUCCAGCAAUACGAACCUGGAUAUUCAGCAGUUCAGAAGAAAUCGCAAAUAGCUGAAGCAGCAAUGACCAUUAGGGACAGCCUCCAAAUUUCAAUGUCUGAACAAGAACCGUUAAACACAAGAAUAGUUGAGGGAAACAAUUACUCGGAAUGCACAUAUGCUGCAGAUAGAAGCGCUGCUUGUUGUCGAUCCCUGGCUUUAGCUUUCACUCUUAUCUUGCUUGUAAGACAUCUUUUUGCACUGCUUACGAAUGGAAUGGAAGAUUAUCCAUUUACAAUUCUUACGGUUUUUUUACUGAGGGCCAGUGGGAUUAUUAUACCUAUGUACAUAAUUAUUAAGACGAUCGGAGCCAUACAUAAUAAUAUCAAACGUUAUCAUCAUCUUCAUCAGGAUUCUGAUGAUGACUCAUCGAUAUCAGAUGGAGAUGAAGAAGAAAAUGAGAGAGCAGAUGAUGAUGCAAUUUUAAGACAUUCAGAAUCAUAGCUUGUAAUUUGAUUUGAUUUGAUUUGUAUCAGAGCAUUAUGCUGAUGCUCUGUCAAAUUCUACCAUUUUGAGGCAUAAAUUUACUGUAGAAAAAAAGAAAUGAAAUUUCCAUCGAAGUGCA